AUGAAUAUUCGAGAAGUGAUCAGACUAAAACAAGUUGAACAUGUACAAAACGAGAAGAACAUAUUGUCGAAGAUAGAGCAUCCAUUCAUCGUUAACUUGUAAGUAUAUCGAUCGACCGUGUAAACAAUCAUCCAUAACAUGUUGUAGCUACUUUGGGGAAUGAGGUUUUGAGCUUGCUUGAUCAGGAACCUUUGUUUUUAUGACGAACGAAAGCGCACAGAAAACCUAAAAAAGUCUCUAAAGGCCUUUUAUUGCGUGUUUCAGUAGAUUCAGUUGUAAACGCUUUCUUUUUAAGGCGAGUGGGGUUAUGUAUACAAAGCCAUUUUGAUCUAUUUGUGAAGUAAGCGUUGCCUCCUUCGUGUAUUUCAAGGUGUGUGUAUAUAUGCUCAAGGUUGUCAGUUGUUUGUUUGCACAUUGUACCAUUAUAAUCGAUUUUAACUACAAUACUGCUCGAACAAAUGACUUUAGCAAAUCAUCGCGCUUUAAUCGACGGCAACCCUAGCCUACUCGUAGCCAUUUUUUCCUGCUCUACCACGUGAAUCGGUAUUUCAAGGGUUCUAAAUCGUUUGCAUUAUUUAUUUUAGUGAUGUUCUAUAUUUAGUUAACAAUAUUGAAUUUGUGAAGAUCCCGUGCAAAGUUUUCGUUCUGUGAUCGACUAAGAGGAAGGUCGAGGAAAUGCAUAUUUCAUUUUCUUAGAAAUCUAAAUUGUUCGAUGCUAGAAUUCUUUUCUGUUGGUCACGUCCCGUCAUAGACGAAUGAAUCGAUCAGAAAAAAAACAUUUAUUACUGAAGUGAUUAUAAUCAAUCAUGUGGAAAACAACAUUUCGGCAAAUGCGAGCCUCACUUGUACAAGUCGUUUCAUUUGAAAUUGAAACAGUGUCCAUUGAUCAAGUUCAUAUCAAAUAAAAACGCAUUGUUUAUUUUAGAGAAUACACGGGAAACUAAAUAUAUGAUAAGUGCUAAUGAAGUUAGAUGGUUCAUGAAAAUUUCUUUUGUUUAUUAUGCUUUUUGUUCUACACGGGAAAAAAUAAACAGCGGAAAAUAGAAAAAUUCCAGCCGUUCUAUGAAGCAGCUGCUACUUGGACCCGGUUCCCAAAAUUCAUCAAAUUCUUUUAUAUGCUAUAUUCUGUCAAUUGAUAUCCCGUGCCAUUUAUUCCAAACUUAGCCUUGGCAAACUAGUGUUCGUUUGAAACUGUAUUAUUUCAGCCUGGAGUCCAUUCAUUAAGCAGGAUUUUUUAUUUAUUGUUCUUAUUUUAACAGUUGUAAAUAUCUUGCCAUAACAAAACUUGAAGCCAGAGUCAUGAUAAGUAAAAUAUGCUAUAGUUUGCACUUUGCAGUUAAGCAAAAAUACAGUCUACUGUGCUUGGUAUUGGGUGAGGGCAGACUUCUGCAGUCGAUCUUGUUUUAUUUUUUCUUUCAAUUACUCAUACGCGUAAAGUGCAUCAAUAUAAUGAUGAUUUUGCACACACUCCCUUAAGGUUACAAAAUAUAAUAUAAGAAGUGCUUAGCAAUCUGGCCUCGGUGUAUCAAACUCUGCGUAAGCAAGUGAUCUGCUGAAUAUCAAAUGCCAGUCAUGCUAAAAUUUCUCAUAAUCUUAAAUAAUCAUGCAAACGUUCGGACAAUCAACCAAUCAAAAUCACUACCCAGUUUUUCGGGUAGAGACCUUACUGGAUGUACUACUGGCUUGUUGAUUCAGACGUCCCUUCCAUGAGUGUGCGACCCGAAGGGACGGCUAAAAUUUAGGCUAGUUAAUACUAAAGCUCAGAGGUUUUUUAUUUGAUAGUUAUGUUACAGGUCAAAUUUGAUUUCAGGUUAAGUGUUUUUAUUCAUGAAUUAGGGCUAGGAAACAAAGGAAAUUGAGAAUCAGCCUAGGUUUAAAGAAAAUUAACCUGAAAUCAAAUUUGACCUGUAACAGAUAAAUUUGUUACUCUAAGUAGCAAGGUAUUUAGUAAAACAGGGGGCAGAUUAACAGUGAGGCCUUCUUAGCUAAUGGGUGUACAUAUUUACCUAGUCUGAAUUUCAAAUAUGGUCUUUUCACGUUUUGGGGAGUAGGCCUUGUCUGUGUCAGUACUUAACCCAUAUUCAUGUUGUUUAUUGCCAUUUCAUCUUGUCUUGUGUCGCUCAUGUUUUAAGCCCAUGUCUGUGUUCAGAAUUUUACCCAAACUGGGUCUCAACAGUAGCCUAUAGCCUAGAAGUCUAGUAGACAUCAAAUGUUUGAGAUAUUCGCUCCUCAAACUUUUGUCAAUCAAGUUUGGAGAUCUUUAACGAGUGGGGCAGUUACCAUUGUCAGUUUUUAUGAGAACUUGAGUCCAACAGUUCUCAUGGUCAAGGAUGGCGUUCCUUUUAUUAGGGAAGUUAGCACUUUGUAGGCAGAAACUGUAGCUUUACAGAGGUGGGCAGUUCCUUUUCAGCACAAAGACUGAGAUGUUCUGUUCAGGAAAAUCUUGGUUUUCAACUUCUCAAGUAGGCAGAUGUAGAUGUCCAUCCUGUUAGAGAGGUAUGAUGACUUGCAGCUGUAGUUCUUAUUAAUUUUUUGAUUAUGAUUUCAUAUGGUUUGAAUUCAGGCUAAGCAUGACACCUGGCCCCGGUUGUUCAAACGUCGGAUAGCGCUAUCCACCGGAUAAAUCACUAUCCAGCGGAUAGCGUAAUUGAUUUCCAUAAUACUUAUCCGCUGGAUAGUGAUUUAUCCGGUGGAAAGCGCUAUCCAACGUUUGAACAACCGGGGCCUGAUGUUUUUGUUAACAUUGCAGACUAUGGACCCAUCACGAUAACACUUUCUUGUACAUGCUUCUUGAGUAUGCUUGUGGUGGAGAACUUUUUACCUAUCUUCGCACAGCUGGAAGAUUUAACAAUGGAACUGGAUUGUUCUUUGGAGCAGAAAUAGUGUCUGCUCUGGACUAUCUCCAUCAUAAUAGUAUAGUAUAUCGGGACUUAAAACCUGAAAAUAUUCUUCUGGACAGAGAGGGGCAUGUCAAGCUCACAGAUUUUGGAUUUGCCAAAGAAGUUCAAGACAAGUAAGUUAUAUGUACAUGGUCUUGAGGGUUUGCUGCAAAUAUUGAAUGGCUUCCAACAGUUCAUAUAGAUUUGGAAAGCAAAUAAAUAAAUUGAAGAAAGUGGGAAUAUAAUAAUAUAUUUAUUUCAGUGUGUAACAUUUUUUUUGUGUUCAUUUUAGGACAUGGACUUUGUGUGGUACACCAGAAUAUCUUGCUCCAGAAAUUAUCCAAAGCAAAGGACAUAACAAAGCUGUUGAUUGGUGGGCAUUAGGAAUACUUAUAUAUGAGAUGCUUGUUGGGUAAGGAUAAUGCCUUGAGCUCCGUCCAUAGCUUUCUAGCCUGUGUUUAGCCAUACCAUACCAUCUCUAAAGGAGAAAAAAAGCUAUCUGCAGUGGUUUUCACAUAAGCAGGCUAGAAGCUUCAAGAAAGUGAAGUGCAUGUGUCACUAAAACUAUCUAAGUUGUUAACAAAUGCAGGGGCGGAUCUAGGGGGAGGGUGCAGGGGGUGCACACCCCCCCCCCCCCCCCCCCCCAGAAGACCCCCGGGUUGUAAAUAAACCCGUAUUUUGCCAAAAAAAAAAAAAAAAAAGAGUUCUACUGUGGUAGAAAAAAAAAAAAGAAAGGAGACCCCCACCAAAAAAAAAAAAAGAUCCAACCCCCAAAAAGUAAAAAAAAAAAAUUACUACCACACAUUCAAUAAAGAAAAAAAUGGAACAUGUUAAAAAAUUGAUGUGAGAUUAUUUUAAACAAUAGAGUAAGAGACAUAAAAAAAUGAAAGGUGGUGUUCAAAAAAAAAUAAAAAAAGUGGUUAAAAAGGGGGGGGGGGGGGCGGGGGGGGGGGGGGGGGGGGAGCCACCCCCCCCCCCCCCCCCCCCCCCAUGAGAUGACCUGCGGUUUGUAAUACAACUGGUAUUCUGCAAAAAAAAAAAGUAUGUGGUUUACUGGUGUUGAAGUAGAGCAAGAGACGAGUGCACCCCCUCCUAAAAAAAAUCCUGGAUCCACCCCUGAAAUGGUACAGCAAAACUCUCAUACCAACGCUGUCAAUAAGGAGAAAGUGCAAUCUGUGAUUAACAGGUCAAAUUCCUGUUGCCAGUAGCUUCUUAUACUUAUGUCUUGUAUUUUAGGAACACACCUGGUGACAAGUUGUAGCAACAUCUCAAGGUGAUGUUGCAGCAGCAAAUUGCUAUGUGUGUACAGGAGAAUUACGCAUUUUUUCAAAAAACUGUGUCUGCAACAGAACUUUGUCACUGCAGCACGUCAUACAAAAUCAAAUUAGUUACAAUUUGUGUGAGUCAUUGCAGUGACAAAAUUCUGUUGAAGAGACAAAAAUUUCACAAAAAAAUUCUCCAGUAUGUAUGAAGCAGUUUUCUCCUCUUUUUCAGGUAUCCUCCAUUUUUUGAUGACAACCCAUUUGGAAUUUAUGAGAAAAUACUUUCAGGCAAAGUGGAGUGGCCAAAACACAUGGAGACCACUGCAGCCAAGUAAGUUCUUCUUCAGUUAAUUUUUCACUAAUUAAUGGAGUGUCAGCAGUAGCUGAUCCAGGGUUUUCAAUUUUCGUAAAUGAGUCAAUAAAAGAAGGCAAUUUUUUAAGUGCAGAAUAAGAGUGUCCUUGGAUAUCAAAUUUGCUGUAAAACUGUUCCAUCACUUUGUACAAGUUUGGAUGAACCCUUUCUAUCAAAACUUUCAGGAUUCACUGCGGGUAUAUGACUAAAUAAUGAUAUUGGCCUUUAUUACGUUACAAUGAUACACACUACCAAUAUAAUCAUAUUUCUUUCUCCUUUUGUCAGAGAUUUGAUUAAAAAAUUAUUAGUACAUGACAGAACAAGAAGACUUGGAAGUAUGAAGGUAAGUACUGUAUCUGUCUUUGCAGAGUAAUUGUAGAAAUAGGAAUUUACUAACUUACAGCAGCUAUAGUAAUCCUCUAAGAUACCCAUUAGGCAUAUGAUUAUCUUGUUGAUGGAUUUGAAAACUUCUCUUUUUUUUACAGUUUCUCUGAAGUUGAACUUAGUGUACUUUAACCUAUUUUUUUUUACUUGAUAGUUUAUCCUUAAGAGGUUUUUUUUUUAGAAUUUUCUUUUUAAAUAUAAAGGGCUUUUUGCAUGUAAACAAGAUUGUGUUUAAAGCAGGGCCUUUCUUAUUGAAAACUUUUUAAAACUACACUCGAAGCAUCAAGUCAGUGUUUUUGUAAAUUUUUGUCUCAUUCAGAAUGGCACUGAAGAUGUCAAAUCUCACAAGUGGUUUAAAGUUAUUGACUGGAAUUUAGUUUAUCAAAGAAAGCUUAAGGUACGGGUGUUGGUUUCUCCACAGAAUGAUGGAUGUAUUGUUGUAGUGUAAAUUCCCUUCUGCUCUUGUUGAUCAUGACUUGCUAGUUGUCGUGUGUUGAUUAUUAUGAUGUAGCCGUCAAGGCUCCGUAAGGCUAUGUUCACAUGACACCAGACAAAUUUUUGAUUGGUUGAAAAAUAUGACCGGACACUUUGUUCACACGUGACCGUUUAGCCAUAGUUAACAGAGUGGACCCCUCUACUAACUAUGGUUUUGCUUGGGUUAUGGUACACGAGUCACAGGAAGGGGCUGGGGUGGGGUCUAGUUAGGCGAGAUGUUCCCUCUCUGUUCCCCCCCCCCCCCCCCCCCCCCCCCCCCCCCCACCCCCCCCCCCCCCCCCCCCCCCCCCCCCCCCCCUUUUUUUUUUUCUCCCCUUCUUUUUUCUCCUUUUUUUCCAAACUUAUAAUAUAAAAAAACAAACUAAAAACAAACUCUUGCUACAAAAAAAAAACACACGAUCACAUUUAGUUGAACACAAUUAUCACGGAUUAGGAGCAUUUAUUUCCCCCUCUGUUCCCCCCCCCCCCCACCCCUUCACACCCUACUUCAUCCUUUCACCUUGUACCCGCCCCAUCGAUUCUACUUUUUGUUCUCCCCAAUUUUCUACUGUCAAAAGUAAACGAUGGCUAAUAAACGCAGAAAUCACUGAAUGCUCGCUCGUUAGUUAAAAAAAUUGCGCCUGCAUCGCAGUUGGCUAGAACCGUUGAUGACAGAUGAGUGGCAUUUCAUGAGCGAAGACAUUUUAUGAGCGAAGACGGUUUUUGCACGGUAGAAAUACCUGGAGACCUGAAUUCAAUAAACCGAUAUUUCUGGACUGAAGCCAUUUACAACUUGUUACUCCGCUACUUUUGUUUGGAUGCUGUCUGUGAAAUAGCAUGAAAUGAUGUAGUUCCUAUUAUUGUUAUGUAGGCUCCGAUAAUUCCAAAGCUUUCCCAUCCUGGUGAUACAAGAAAUUUUGAUGAUUAUCCCGAGGAAAACUGGAGAGCUGCACCUCCACUCAGUGGCAAAUUACUGGAGCCAUUUAAAGAUUUUUAACUGUUGCGGAUGACAUAACUCUAUUAUAGUCAAUCAGGUGGGUUAAACCGCCCCUCAAAACUUUCAGCGCCAAUACUAAUCCAAAUACAAAUCUCUUGACUGAUCUCCAUACAUUUCCGUCAAGAAUUAGUUAGGAGGAUUUGAAAACAGAUCAAAACAUUUCCUUUAGGUGAUCAUUAAUUUAAUUAAUUCUCUUAACCUUUUCUUUUGAUUAUUUAUUAAUAUUGUUUUAUAGAAGGAAAUAGAUGUUGGUCACGACUCUUGUAGGCCUCAAAAUAACGGCCGGUCAACGGACAAUGUCCGGUCAAGGUGACCAUUGGUCCGGACAAACUUUCGGCUAGCCGGUCAUUUUGACAGAACACGUUCAUAAGCGACCCCUGCAGAAAAAAGUACAUUUUUACCCCAUUACGUUUCCAUAGAACAAGAUUGAGGGUUAAAAGUAGAGCUAUCCUAGCAAGGAAACCCUUUUGCGUUCUAUAAAUAUGAUGGUAAAUAGGUUAGGUUCAAGUUACGACUUUAUAGCAACAGAUUUGUGUUUUUUCUCUCGUGUUCGUUAUGCAUCAUCUUUCUGCGUCAAUGUUUUUUAUCAAACUACUGAUUAACCUUCCCGGGACUCGUGAUCUUAAAAAUGUAACCAAUCGUGGACUCAUAUAUAUACUUUUAUUUUUUUUAUAUGUUUUCGAGCUUCUGCACAGUGAAGGGUGGUCUGACUUGUCCUAAAAUUGACCUUCGUUUUGUAAUGUUUUGUUUUCAGUUUACCAUGGACUAAUCAAGUACUAUUAAGAGCAGAGAAUGUGCUUUCCUAGUUACCUUUUCUGGACAUGCAUAAGCCUUUUCUUUAGGAAUUCAUUUCAACUUUUAUUUAUUGGAUACAUCGGAACUCUUAGGCAGGCAUUAUAAGACAUUGUAUUGCAAAAUGUUAGAUAAUUCAUUCACCUUUUCUUAACUACCCCAAUUCUUUUUAGUGUGUACGUUGAAAAUCAGUAUUACAUUGAAAAUCAGCGUUAGAAACUGAACCGUGAUAGAGAAUCGGCAACACUUAAGAUAAAUGCGGAAAAACCGGCAACCAAAAAACAUGCAACUUGUUUUGCGACUUUUUUGCAAAACAACCUCGAAAACAACCUUGGAAGCUUAUUUGUUGCAUGGCAGGUUAGAACGUGGGCGAUAAAACGCGCAACAUCGCUAUUGUACUAUUCAAUUUGUUUUGUAGCAAUUUUGCAAAACAAGUUGCACUUUUCUUGUUGCCUGUUUUACCGUAGCUUUAGGCCGGGCCGUACUUCAUUGAGCGGAACGUAAUGCUUAUAAGCGAGAACAAUAGUUUUUAGUCAUUAACGUUAGGUUCGGCUCAUGUGAAGUAGGAUGUUUGAUCCGAGCCUAUCGAUGGUUUGUCGUGGAUCGGUAUUUAAUGUUUUUACGACUUUUCCCAACCCUUACCCCUCCCCUCAUAGUUGGCAAAUAAUACCUAGAAUUGACAUAAUAUUGUAUUUUGAAAUUGCAAUUUGCUCAUUUGAUGAUGCGUGUAGAGAGACUAAUUUGGAUAAAAAUUAUUUGUAAGCUCUCAAUUUGCCAUUUAUUUUGCGAGGUUUUUUGAAUGUUAUAGAAUUUCAAUGGAUUAUUGUUCUUAAAGUCCUUCCAUAUACUCAAAUAUAAAAGGGGCCCAAGAAACCAAAAUUGCUAUUUUCGCAUUGCCGAUAAAGUUUAAGAAUUUAAAAAAAACGUUUUGUCCAUGAUAAAUAUACAGGAACAGUGUUUUCCUUAGAAACUGUUAGGCUAGUUUGGGUAAGUAAUAUAAUGGGAUUGAUUCGUUAGCAGGUAAAGUGUGGGAAUUAAGAAAAAAACAGUUUCACUUAUACAUUUCCUGAAGUGCGGUAAAUUUACCUAGUUUACCUGACAUAAAGUUUGAAUAAAUUAUACUGCCGCACUGAAAUAUUUCUUUCCGCCUUUAGCAGGUAACAAACCAUGUAGUUUUUUCUUUCAGGCCCAAUCAGGUAGCGACCGUGUCGCGCCACGUGAUCCCUGUAUGACCCUAGAUUUUUUUUUAAGUCCAGUUUUGAUAAAAAGAAAGGUCAAUACGCAAAUGGUUUUCUAUUUUAAAGCACAAGGAUGAUAGUCAUAAUUGAGAACUGUGCUGUUCUGCUAAACGAAUUAGCAUUCAAAUAUUUUUUUAACGUGUA